AUGGAUGGAGCAACAUAUGUUUGUAUAAAACAAUUUAACGCCAGACUAGGCGAUGAAAUUAGUCUCAAAAUUGGUGACAAGAUACAGGUUUUAGCCGAUGACCAUGAAUACAAUGAUGGUUGGUAUAUGGGUAAAAACUUGUUGACAGGUGCUGUGGGGCUUUAUCCAAAGAGCUUUACCCAAGUAUUAGCAAAUAACAAUGAGGAAAAGACUAUAUUAAGAUCGAGAUCAAGAAGAGUUUUAACACCCCCAGGCAAACAAAUGCACAAUAAUGGCGAUCAUCAACAAAACACAAGCUCAAUAGAAAAUAAUAACAACAAUAACAAUGGUCCUAAUACCCAUAAUGCACCUAACAUACCUAGUAAAUUGAAUCCAAAUACUUCUCAAGAUUCGACUCCAGUUCCUUUACAGGAAUCGUUUGAGAAACUAUCGGUUAACGAUACUAGUACCAAUGGUGACACCAUGAUUAAUGAUGAAAUUGACAAAGCGUUGAAGGAAAUACAAGGGGAGAGCCAUCAAAUUAAUGAAUCAACAUACGGCAAUAGUGGUAACAAUGACUACAAAUCAAAACAAUCAAGCGUAGCUUCCAACACAAACUACAAUAAAGUACAUGCUAGAAAUCCAUCUGAACAGUCGUUGACUGAUGAUUUGAACCCUUUGCAAGCACAUGCUUGGACUCCAAAGCAAGUGUCGUCGUAUUUUGCCUUGGUUUUAGGAUUUAGUCCUGAAAUUGCUAGUAAAUUUGCAAAACAUAAAAUCACGGGAGCUAUAUUAUUUGAAAUGGAUUUGGGUCAUUUAAAAGAAUUGGAUAUUGACUCUUUUGGUACUCGAUUUGAAAUUCACAAGGAAGUUGAAAAAUUGAAGGAAAUGAAUCUUAGAUCACAAAAGUUGAAGCUGCAAUCAAGAGUAAACUCCAUCAAUAGAACCGAUACAACUUCCUCCACUUUAAAUUCAGCACCUACUGAGGAUACAACUUAUCCCGAUAUAGAUGAAAAGGCUGCAAACUUGAGCAAGCAAAAUAUUUUACAACCAAAUGAAACUGAAAAUCAAAAUCAAAAGGAACUCAUGCCUUCUGCUUUGUUAGAAGAUACCUCAGACUCAACAAUAAAACAUUUAAGAAAUAGGUCGCUUUCGGUGGAGAAUUUAUCAAAGCAUAAUCCUGAGACUUCGUUUGCCUCGCCAAGAAAGGCCCCCCAGCCACCUCUAGGGGAUAGUCCUCUCAAUUCUGGUUACAAAUUUGGAUAUGGAAGCCAACCACAAUUUAAUAAUGAGGAAAAGUCUAAUGGUUUGUACAUUACACGCACAAAUGCUUCCACUCAUGGGUUCUCAAGACCUCCUUCUUCAGUUUACGAUCAAGCAUCACAUAGCAGACAAGUAUCGCAGGCAUCCAAUAACAACUCUCAUCAAAAGAGACCUUCAGCAUCAAACAAUCAUAAAAGACACUCAUCGCUUUUUUCGUUCUUCUCGGGCAAUGAGGAUGGCGAGAAACCAAAUGGCACACCAACCCAAGGACAAGGCAAAUUGCAAAGCAAACAUUUACAAAGAGAUGAGAAUGGCUGGUCCAAUGAUGAUAAAUUAAUAUCUCCAGCACAAAUAAGACGCGAAAAUAGCUCCAUGACAAACUCCCCAAAGAGAAGGUCACAGUUGCUUGAUCUGCCAAGUUCACCAAUACAUAUAGACGAUGCCGGGUUAUCACCAAAAAAACUGAAAUCAGUGUCACAGAGGGCAAAAUCUACAGAUGCAUUGAGGGAUGAAAACAAGCGUGUUGCUAGUGAUUCACAAGCAAAUCUCUCCAACACCCGUCCUGGCGCCUCGAGGUUAAAAAGUCUACGUACAACAUCUACCCAAAACAUUCGUAAUUUGACAGGAUCGAAAAAGCUGAAGACAUCUGCCUUUACUGAAGGUAUUCGUGAAAUUACGCCUGAUGAGGCUAUUAAAACGGCAAACUUUAGCGGUUAUAUGUCGAAACGAUCAGGUAAUACUUUUGCUUGGAGAUCCAGGUAUUUUACUUUACACGGUACAAGAUUGUCCUACUUUACCUCACUCAAAGACAGGAGGGAAAAAGGGUUGAUUGAUAUCACUGCUCAUAAAGUUAUACCCAUCAACAGUGAAGCUGAAGAUUUGGAUAAAGCUGAUAAGUAUGCAGCAAUGGUGGCAUCGACGACAAUGGCAGGUAACUACUGCUUCAAACUUGUUCCUCCCGCACCAGGAUUCAAAAAGGGUCUCACAUUCACUCAACCAAAGACACACUAUUUUGCUGUUGAGUCUGAAACGGAUAUGCGAGGUUGGAUUAAGGCAUUAAUGACGGCAACUAUAGAUAUUGAUGACUCAGUACCCGUGGUUAGUAGUUGCUCAACUCCUACUGUUAGUUUGAGUAAAGCUCAAGAAAUGUUGGCCAAAACUCGAGAAGAAAACAAACUGAAGGAUGAAGAGUUGCGAGCUAAAGGUUACAUCAGGGUGGAUGAAGAUUUUGGAAAUGAUUCAUCAUUCCAAGCGUCAAUGUAUUCAUCGUCGACUUUAGCCCCCGAUAGAAUACCACCUAAAUUGUCGAUUGAUACUCAAAACAACCGAUAUAGCACAAGUACUUUGAAUGCACCAAAGACUCCACAAAUUCCUGGUUCAUCAAACCUGGGUGGAUUUGCUUCGCCAUAUCUAUUGGCAUCGGGUUAUCUUUCGUCUCCUAAAUCGGGAAAUGUAACCUCAGAUAGUGGUACCCCUGUUACCACCAACUCCGGGUAUUUUGUGGAUAGUGUUGAUCAAAAGCCAUUGAGACCGCCGUCGCUUCAGCAAUCUCCUUACGAGAAGGCAACAAAUGGAGCGUUCAACCCAUAUGCAAAUACAAAUAACAGUGAAAUAGGGUCUACACCAUACUCAACUGCAUCCUCCACCAAUUCCCCAAGUAAUGGCAAUGGAUCUGCCUCACCCAAUGUGAGUUCAUUUAGUCAAAAUUCCAAAAAAGAUGAAAGUUUUGAAUCGAGUGCUUCCAAAAGUGGUGCUACCGGUAACAAGACACUUGCAUCGAGUUCGUCGGGUAGAUUGAUGAGUGGAGGCAAGAAAAGAGAAAAGAUGAUGGCUUUUAGUAGUGAUGACUCAGGUAACCAUACAUUUGUGAUAAAACCAAAGAAGUAG